CUGACCCUGAGCCAGUGGAGCCGCGUCUCGCGCGCGUCCUGUGGUCUCGCCUUCCCGGUCCUCCGGCCAUGCACCUCUGGUCCCCCGCCUCGCUGGCCAUCCUCCUGCUUCUCUGCGGAGCCCGCGCAGUGCGCGGCGACACCCCCGCCAACUGCACCUACCCGGACCUGCUAGGCACCUGGGUCUUCCAGGCGGGCCGCAGCGGAGCCCUGCGCGAUGUGAACUGCUCGGCGAUCGGACCAGUGGAAAAAAAAGUAGUGGUACAUCUUAAGAAGUUGGAUACCGCUUAUGAUGAACUAGGCAAUUCCGGGUAUUUUACUAUCAUUUACAACCAAGGUUUUGAGGUCAUCUUGAACGACUACAAGUGGUUUGCCUUCUUUAAGUAUGAAGUCAAGGGCAAAAAGGUGACCAGUUAUUGCCAUGAAACAAUGGUCGGAUGGGUGCAUGAUGUCCUGGGCCGGAAUUGGGCCUGUUUCACUGGGAAGAAAGUAGAAAGCACAUCUAAGAAUGUGAACAUGAAUAUGGCCCACUUUUCAAGGCCUCAGGAAAAUUAUUUUAAUAGGCUCUACAAAUACAACCACAACUUCGUGGAAACUAUCAAUGCCAUUCAGAAGUCGUGGACUGCAACAGCAUACAUGGAAUAUGAGACUCUGAGCCUGAGAGAUCUGAUUAGGAGAAGUGGUGGCCACAAUCACAGAAUUCCAAGGCCCAAACCUGCACCAUUGACUGCUGAAAUACAAGAGAAGGUUUCACAUUUGCCUGAAUCUUGGGACUGGAGAAAUGUUCAUGGUGUCAAUUUUGUUAGCCCUGUUCGAAACCAAGGAUCUUGUGGAAGCUGCUACUCUUUUGCCUCCAUGGGUAUGCUUGAAGCAAGAAUUCGUAUAUUAACCAAUAAUUCUCAGACUCCAAUCUUGAGUCCCCAGGAGAUUGUAUCUUGUAGCCAGUAUGCUCAAGGCUGUGAAGGAGGGUUCCCCUACCUCAUUGCAGGGAAGUACGCCCAGGAUUUGGGAGUGGUGGAAGAGGCCUGCUUUCCCUACACAGGCACAGACUCACCUUGCAAGCUGAAGAAGGACUGCUUCCGCUACUUCUCCUCUGAGUACCACUAUGUGGGAGGCUUCUACGGGGGAUGCAACGAGGCCCUGAUGAAGCUGGAGCUGGUCCACCAUGGGCCCGUGGCAGUAGCCUUCGAAGUCUACGAUGACUUCUUGCAUUACCACCACGGCAUCUACCAGCACACCGGCCUCCGCGACCCCUUCAACCCCUUCGAGCUCACCAAUCAUGCUGUGCUGCUGGUGGGCUAUGGCACUGAGCCAGAAACAGGGCUAGAAUACUGGACCAUAAAGAACAGCUGGGGCUCGGCCUGGGGGGAGGACGGCUACUUCCGGAUCCUCCGAGGAAGGGACGAGUGUGCCAUCGAGAGCAUCGCUGUGGCCGCCACGCCCAUCCCCAAGCUGUAGCACUGCAGCCUAGUGCUCAGCUCCAGUCAUGCCCCAGCCACCUAGACAGCUUCCAGACAUCCAGGCACCUCCCAGACACCCAAACAGCUCCCAGACACCCAGACAGCUCCCAGAUAUCCAGACAGCUCCCAGAAACAUGGACAGCUCCCAGAUACCCAGACAACACUGAGGGGACUUCACAUGGUCGAGACUUCUGUGACAGCAACUUCAGAAGUUGGCUAAUUGACCAUUGUGAAGAUCUGUGUCUUUGAUAUUAAAACUUCUCUGAUUUUUGUGGUCUUUCCCAUCAGCCACUGGCCUUUGUUUCUCCACAUACUGACUCAAACAACAUUUUUAUGAGUGAUGGGUAAGCUGCUAAGUGGUGGAUUUUACUGAUCGUUUGUAAUUCAAACUGAUGUUAUGCUUUUGUAAAACCUAUAUCAAAGCACAAAACUCAUUUUAAAAUCAUGUAAAUUACAAAAAUGCAUCAAUUGUUAUUAAACUUUUUUAGAGAUGUUCAUGAAA